CAGCAGCGGGGGGGCGGGGGAGGGAGGUGUUGUGGUGGAGCCACGUGUACAGGAACUGGAGCCUGACAGCUGUGACUGACUGGAUCCACCGCAGGUCUGUGAAACAUUAGCUACCCGGGCUGGUGCCGCAACAACCGCAAGCUAGCCGUCUCUCGCCCACCCCCCAAUCCCCAGGUCGGUGUUAACUUCCCCCCUCAUCCCGCUGUGUCGUCGUUGGCGACCACCGAGCUGUACAGACCAUCAUGGCCGUGUGGAGGAAACCGUGGUGCCGACAUGUCACGGCCGCAUCGCUGCUCGUCUGUAUUCUGCUCCACGCCGCGGGCGUGCACGCGCGGCCGGCCAACAUGUCGGCCUCCAAGGAGAAGCCCCCGGCCAACAAGGACGAGAACGAGAUCCUGCCCCCGGACCACCUGAACGGGGUGAAGAUGGAGAUGGACGGCCACCUCAACAAGGACUUCCACCAGGAAGUGUUCCUGGGCAAAGACAUGGAGGAGUUUGACGAGGACUCGGAGCCGAGGAGGAACAGGAAGAAGCUCAUUGACAUUUUCACCAAAGUCGAUUUCAACAGGGACCGGAGCGUCAGCGCCAAGGAGAUGCAGCGCUGGAUCAUGGAGAAGACGGACGAGCACUUCCAGGAGGCCACGAUGGAGAACAAGAACAGCUUCCGCGCCGUCGACCCGGAUGGCGACGGUCACGUGACGUGGGACGAAUACCGUAUCAAAUUCCUGGCCAGCAAAGGGUUCAACGAAAAAGAAAUUGCAGAGAAAAUGAAGAACAAUGAAGAUUUGAAGCUGGACGAGGAAACUCAGGAGGUUUUGGAGAGCCUGAAGGACCGCUGGUUUCAGGCCGACAACCCUCCGGCCGACCAGCUGCUGAACGAGCAGGAGUUCCUGUCGUUCCUCCACCCGGAGCACAGCAGAGGGAUGCUGCAGUACAUGGUGAAGGAGAUCGUCCGGGACUUAGACCAAGACGGUGAUAAGAAACUGACGCUGUCGGAGUUCAUCUCUCUGCCCGUCGGCACCGUAGAGAACCAGCAGGCCCAGGACAUCGACGACGACUGGGUCCGCGAGAGGAAGAAGGAGUUCGAGGACGUCAUCGAUUCAAACCGCGACGGCAUCGUGACUAUGGAGGAGCUGGAGGAGUACAUGGACCCGAUGAACGAGCACAACGCUCUGAACGAGGCGCGGCAGAUGAUCGCCGUCGCCGACGAGAACCAGAAUCACAACCUGGAGCUGGACGAGAUCCUCAAGUACAGCGAGUACUUCACAGGCAGCAAGCUCAUGGACUACGCCCGGAACGUCCACGAGGAGUUCUGAGGCACGUUGCUCCGUCCGCUCGGCGAGACGCGGCCCGACGUCCGCCUCAGGGACGAGCCCCCGGCGACGGGACGACGUAGUGCGUCAGUCUGACUCUUUUGCGUCUUUCACCGCUGACUCCAGUUAGUAAACGCCGUUCGUUUUCCACCGUCCAUCAGUUCACGAGCAUCAGCUCAGAAUUCACGUGUGUCAUGUUGUGAAAUGUGUGUAUAUGAGGAAUUUUAAAAAAACCUGAGUUGAGUUUCCUGGUGCGGCGGUGAGAGGGACCGUGCGGCCGCAACGACACGAUGCGUGUCUGUAAAUAUUCCCCGUCACAAACCAACGCAGAGUUUAAAAUAAAAUAUAAUAUAUGAUGCUGCUGAAGAGAACAAACUUUUUAGAGAAACGAUAUCAAUUAUAAAAUAAGAAGAGUUUAACAAAUGGGAUUUUUUCGGUAGUGAUGUAAUUUCUCUGGUUUCCAUAACAUCCGUCCCUCUUCAGAACUACGAGGUUAUUGUAUAAAAUCACUAAUAACGUACAGUUAUUCUACUUAGCACAGACUUUAAUUAACAGUUUAUUAAGAGGACAAAGUUCAGAUGGUGGAAAAUAGAUUAAUAUAUAUGUAGAAGAGCAACGCGUCUUUUUUUUUUUUACAA